AUGGCGCUGCCCAUGUUAAGAGGUUGCAACUGUAGCAGACUGCCUUCAGUACUGAGUCGUUUCUUGAAACCCGAGCACGUUGUACUUCCCCGGCCCAACAAGACCACCCGCCUGGCUCCUACUUUGUCCGUUGGUGUUGUAUCUACAGUCCGAGCUUACAGCUCUGAUCGAGGUGGAGGGCGGAAGUUUGCCAGCAUUCUGAUGAGGUACUGGUAUCUGACAAGUGCCCGGUUGCCUGAGGAAUCAUUGGAGGGAACACGUAUCUUUCAGGUGGCCAUAGGUGGUGAGGGUGAGCCAGAGACUAAGAGACUGCUCACAGCCAACUAUGAAUUCCAAAGGGAGUUUACUAGGGGGGUGUCGCCAGACUGGACCAUCACCAGGAUAGAGCACUCCAAGCUGCUGGAUUAAACUUGGAUUGAGUGGAGAUUGUAGGGGAGAUGGAGAGUGGCAGAGAAGCAGGGAACGGAAGACCAUCCUUCCUGCUGACCCUACAUCAGAAUAUCCCCCCACCUGCUAAAAUCUUGCAAUGCCCCUCAGGAGAAAAACGACUCUCAAAGCCAAGACAAGGAGAGACAUGGGGAAUAUUUGAGGCCAACUUUCUAUCUGCCAGAAGUCACAUACUAUCCACUGUAGAAAAAGUACAAAAGUCAAACAUGUCUGUUUGUAGUUUACUACUGUUCAGACAUCCGUGCAAGACCAGUUUUUCCCACUUGUCUCAGGCAGCACCGCAAUCCGUGGUCAAAACUAGGCUUUGUUUGUUAGCUCUGCUUUUAGGGCCUGAGAUUCUUCCUUCUGUUUAAUGGGGAGGGUAGACAAGGGGCAUACAGAAAGUGUGGAAAAAAACAGAAUAAGGUCCGUAUUGAGAUUCUGUAGUCAGUCUUAGAUGUACUUCUGUCCACGCUUUGGUGCACACAGACUAAAUAAAAUGUCACACUUUGAUACAGAUAUGAACACGUUUAAAGCGUUCCCUGAGCAAACUUACUCUAACCUACUUGUACUCUUGUUUCACACUCAAGUUAUUUAGUGGAAAUAAUUACUGCUGCUAUGGAAAAAAUGACUGUGCUGUUUCUUGAGAUGUGCUUUGUCUCCAGAAUAGUCCAUCAGCUGAAAAUAAGUGAUUGCUAAUUACUGUUGCCGACAAAGUAUUGGUGUUAUUUCUUACAGUGGGUACUCUCCUGUGUGCACAUGACUAGUAGUGGUGCAAUUGUUGUCCCACUAACACAAAUGAAAAGAAAACGGCUCACUCGGUCCAUUGUGCAAUUGUCUUUGGCAGCUUUCAGAUGCAGAACUCUGACUGUCACACAUUGUUGUUAUCAUAAACAUUUGAGUGAAAUUAAUAUAAUGUUGAAAUGUAUAGUCUAAAUUGUGCUCCUCCCUCCUCCCCUCUUUCUCCCCCUGUUUUACCAGUGAUGGCUGUACCACAGGGAGUGUUAUCGAUAGUUCCAUGGCUGUGUGCAUGCAGUAGUAUGCUCCCCACAGUCACCUUGAACUCUCCAAGCUCUCUGCUCCCUGGACACAGAAAGUCUUCAAACACACUGCAGUGCUGCACUGCACCUCCGCUGUUCCUACACAGAGCACACACACUCAGUUCAAGUAGCUAUCAAGCAAACACAUCAUCACAUGAUUAGCUAGUAGCCUAUAAAUAAAUAGGCUGUGUAUAAAUGGUUAGCUAGCUAUCUUUUUCACAGAGACACAAUAGCAAGUCGCAAGCCCACCGGUACAGUAAUGUUACAGUAGUGUUAGCUAGCUAGUUCAUAGGCUGUUAGCUAACUAUCUUUUUCACAGAGACACACAAACCCUUACUAACAUUGGCUAGAUAGCAAGUAGAAAGCCUACCGGUACAGUAACGUUACAGUAGCGUUAGCUAGGGCCGUAACUAGUUAGAACAGCCACAAAGUCAUAAACCCUGCCUAUUUCUAAAAUGUCUCUUUUUAAAAUCUGAUUAUAACCAUAACCUCACUGCUAACCUUAUGCCUUACCCUUAACUUAAAGUUCAUUUUAGUUUUCAUGAAUUUUUACAAUAUAGCCAAAUAUAUUUUGACUUUGUGGCUGUACUAUCUAUUGGAAACCGUUAGCUAGCUCACUAGCUUCAAAUGCUAUCCAUAGAAUUAAGUUUAUUUAUGUGCACAGCCGCUAGGUUAACUUUAGCUGCCUAGAUUACCAUUGUCAAGUCACUCAACUAACUAGCAAUCUUGUCUAGCCAGAAACAGUUGUGAUCAUUUGGCCACAAACACAAAUUAAUACACACUUGUAGAUGUGUGAAAUAUAACAAAUAUAAGCACAUACCCAGUGGUGUAAAGUA